AUGGACCCUGAGAAAUCUAGGGUAGAGAUGGCCGAUGAUGUCAAGCAGCACUCGUUCAGCGUGGACGGUGAUAAUGGCGCUGAGAGGCUGGCCAGGAAGAUUCUUUGGAAGCUUGAUACCAGAAUCCUGCCUGUUCUAGCACUUCUCUUCCUCUGCUCCUUCCUCGACCGAACGAACGUCGGUAACGCAAAGAUUCUCGGUCUCGAAGAGGAUCUCGAUAUCACAAACCACCAGUACGACAUCGGUUUGGCUAUCUUCUAUCUCUUCUACAUUUUAAGCGAGGUUCCGAGCAAUCUGAUCAUCAAGAAAGCCUCACCAAAGAUAUGGCUCCCCGCGCUCACGGCAGUCUGGGGUAUCAUCACCAUGUGUCUGGGGUUUGUCCGUAAUUUUGGCAGCUUUGCUGCAGUCCGUGCACUUUUGGGAAUUGCUGAAGGGGGGUUACUCCCCGGCAUGGUACUCUAUCUCUCCUCGUUCUACAGACGAGGCGAUCUGGCGCUCCGGAUCGGUCUGUUCUAUACCGCCGCUUCGCUAUCUGGUGCUUUUGGCGGCCUUCUGGCUCGGGGAUUGGCAGAAAUUGGCCCUAGAGGUGGCCUAGAAGGAUGGCGCUGGAUCAUGAUCAUCGAGGGUAUUUUGACUUUCCUCUGUGGAUGCCUUAGCUUCUUUACCCUGCCCAAUAGCAUCGAGACCACGCCAUUCUUGACCGAAGAGGAACGCCGAUUUGCCCGUGAGAGGAUACAGAUGGAGAAUCCCCAUAUCCAAGGGCUCGCAGCUGAGGAAGAGAGCUUGGCGUGGUCUGAAGUACGUAGAGGGCUCUUGGAGCCUCAAAUGUGGUUCUCAGCUACGGCAUACUUUGCUAUCCUGUCCGGGCUGUACUCUUUUGGUUUAUUCCUACCAACCAUUAUCGAUGAAAGUGGCUUUGCUGACGAUGCGAACCAAACGCAACUUUGGACGGUCAUACCAUACGCUGUUGCUGCUGUGCUAACAGUCUUCGUCUCCUUCUUGUCCGACCGCGUCAAACUCAGAGGCGUCAUCAUGCUAUUCUCCCUUCCACUCGCAAUUUCCGGGUACGCUGCGAUCGGCAACAUCACGUCACCCCAGGCAAAGUACGGCAUGACCUUCCUCAUGGCAACGGGAAUGUAUGCCAGUGUCCCUUGUAUCCUCGUCUGGAACUCUAACAACUCUGCGGGACAUUAUAAGCGAGCUACCACGUCGGGAAUGCAGCUUGCGAUCGCGAACUGCGGAGGGUUUGUUGCGACCUUUAUCUACCCCAACAAAGAUAAGCCGCAGUUUCACCGCGGUCACACGGUGGUCAUGGGCUUGUUGAUAUUUGCUUGGUUUAUGAUUCUUCUUAAUGUCUUGUACUGCGCCAAGGUGAACAGGGAUAAGAGAAAUGGCAAAUAUGCCAAGUACGAAGGAUACAACGAUGACCGCGACCCGAAGUUCAUGAUGGUGCUGUGA